AUGUUCGGGAGUCGUACGGCUGACUCUGGAAGAGAGCGAGUUUCCUGUGACUUGGAUGCCACCGCCGUUCCGAUUCUGGUCCAGGAAGGAUUAAAAAGCACCGGCUGUGCCAUAGUCUUCCUUCUCCUCUAUUCUUUUGGCAUGGCCUCCUCGCUGUGGUGGGUGAUCCUUACCCUCACCUGGUUUUUGGCUGCCGGACUGAAGUGGGGCCACGAGGCGAUUGAAAUGCACAGUUCGUACUUCCACAUCGCGGCCUGGGCCAUCCCAGCUGUUAAAACCAUUGUGAUCCUAAUAAUGAGGCUGGUGGAUGCUGAUGACCUCACUGGGCUGUGCUACGUGGGUAACCAGCAGCAGGAGGCCCUCACGGGCUUUGUGGUUGCCCCAUUAGCGACGUACCUUCUCGUAGGCACGCUGUUCAUCUGCGCAGGCCUGGUUGCUCUUUUCAAGAUCCGGUCUAACCUGCAGAAGGACGGGGCCAAAACAGACAAACUGGAGCGUCUAAUGGUGAAGAUCGGGGUGUUCUCCGUUCUUUACACGGUCCCGGCAUCCACGGUCAUCGGGUGCUACCUCUACCAGCUCUCUAACUGGGAGGAGUUCAAGACCAACCCCCGGGACUCGUACGUGGCGUCGGAGAUGCUUCGGAUCUUCAUGUCGCUGCUCGUGGGCAUCACCUCGGGCAUGUGGAUUUGGUCGGCGAAGACCCUCCACACCUGGCAGCGCUGCUCCACCCGCUUGCUGAGGGACAGGCAGGCGAGCCGCGGCGGCAAGAGGGCGCCGGGGGAGAGCUGGAUCAAACCGGGGAAGGGCAACGAGACAGUGGUGUGAGAAGACGGAGGGAAAAACUGGACAGGAAAUAAGUUCUGCGUCGGUUUUUUUUUUUUCCCUCAUAGAGAAACUCGCUCUGCCAAAUGAAGGAUGAAGAAAGUCAGCAGGCUGGUUAUAAAUGGGACAGAGGAUAGUAGCCAGACCUUCUCAGAGAAGCCACUGGAUAUAACGCCAUCGCAUGAACUCCCUGCCUCUAACAGGAGCUAUGAAGGAGGAAAUAGGAAGACUGAGUCAUACAGUUCGUCGCAAGAGUAGCCUCUCUACCUCUUAUUAGGUCUCAGUUGCAUAGAGAGGUGUAAAAAACAAACAAAAAUAAAACGGGGGGAAAAAAACAAGAAAAAGAGAUACUGAGUAGGCAGAAAAGCUGCACAUACAAGCACUGGUUCUAGCUCUCCGUCUCUCUUUUUCUUAAGUGCUCAGCAGAAGAGACUCACCCUGCUGAAUGCAGUAAAGCUGUGUGCCAUUGUGACUUUUAAAAAGGCUUUUAAAUGUUACAUUUUGACACUGGAGCAGAUACGCAGAUACCUGGCUUCCCAGAGGCAUCUGGCGACGGCUGAAAAAUGUGUCUGCAGUUAAGUCAAACAUUAAAACAACCACACAGACUAAUAAAAUCCCAAAUACUGCCUUAAAUUUCUACAAUUUGUUUACAGAUAAACGUUCUGGAUUUCUGUCAAGUAAUUUCUUUUGUAUCAUACACUAGUACAUGUGGAUUUUAUCGCUUUGAAUGUGUAGGAAAGAGGCUCUAUGCUGUGAUAAUGCACUAUAAAUGUAUAAUAUGUGAAAUGUGAGCACAAAAGGUAGAAGGUCUGAAAGCAAAUCAUUAAAAUUCACAGUUAUGUCUAGAGAGCCAUUAAAAGGAAUAGUUCCGA